AUGCCAUUGCUGGCUCGUUCCGUUCGGUAUCGCCAACCCGAAGAUGCAUUUAUCAUUACAGCAAAUGUAUUUGUCAUGGAACUGUUAAAAUUUCUGACAGCUUCGCUGAUAGUGUUAAUCAACGAAAAGUCGCUGACAAAAUAUACAGCGAGGUUUUACGGCGCAAUUUUGCGAAAUUAUGUGGAGACGUUAAAAAUGUUCGUGCCAGCUGUGAUUUACAUGAUUCAGAAUAGCUUAUAUUAUGUUGCGCUAUCGCAUCUGGAAGCAACAACAUAUUGCGUAAGCGCUAAUUUCAUACUGAUCACAGAUCUCUAA